CUGUCAAAAGAUAAGGAGAUGAUGUUGAGGUUAUGAAUGUUUUGAAAAUUUAAUUAUUGAAUUUAAUAUAAAUAAAAUCUCUUAUAAAACUGUAGUGAUAAAUGUAAAAUUACAAAACAAGUUGCACUGUGAUAGAAUAAAUUUAAUUUGAUAUAGUGCGGUUCUUCAUUGGGCAUGAUUUCAAUUUUAAGUACAAAAGUGUUACAAAAUGUAUAGAAAUCUGUUAUUUAAAAGGUUGCCAUUCAGACAAAUCAGAAAUGAAUAUUUAACGAACAAUACUAAGCAGUUAGUAGACAGUAAAUGUUCUGUGAAUACUGUCAACCAUUUGGUUCGUCAAAUUUCGGUAUCAACAGUUUUCAGCAAGAAAAGAAAAACUGCAGAGGAAAAGGCUAUAGAAAACCAUGGUAGGCGUGUAAUACGGUAUUCUCCUAAAGCUGGUUCAGAAGUUGUAGGAAUAUGGCGGAAUAUGACUGUUCAAGAUCUAGCUAAUGUACUUAAAAAGGAUAUAGAUCAUAUAUUUAAAGCACUUGAAUUUGCGGACAAAAACUCUGACACAGAAUAUAAGAGAGAUACAGUUAUACACAAUCCACAAAUAGUGAGGGAAGUUGUAAAAAUAUCUGGCUGCAGGUUCAAGCUUGUGGCAAGACCUGAUGAACUAAAUGAAGAAGAGGAGAAUAAAGAUGCGGUUCCUGCGCCACCUGCGCCGGAGUCGGCGCUCCGCCCCCGACCGCCAGUGGUGUGUGUGAUGGGUCAUGUGGAUCACGGCAAGACCACACUUCUCGACGCCCUCAGAGACACAGCUGUGGUUGAGCAGGAGUUUGGUGGGAUUACACAGCAUAUUGGUGCUUUUGAAGUGAAGUUGAAGUCAGGUGAGACGGUGACGUUCCUGGACACUCCGGGGCACGCGGCGUUCAGUGCGAUGCGCGCGCGCGGCGCCUGCGCUACUGACGUUGUGGUGCUGGUGGUGGCAGCGGACGACGGUGUCAUGGAGCAGACCGUCGAGUCCAUACGUAUGGCGAGAGAGGCUAACGUUCCGAUACUUGUGGCUAUCAACAAAAUCGACAAGGCAGGUGUGAACAUUGAGCGCACGUUGAGCGCGCUGUCGCAGCACGGCGUGGUGUGCGAGGAGCUGGGCGGGGAGGUGCAGGCGGUGAGACUCUCAGCACUGCACCGUCUGCACCUCGACACCCUGGUGGAGGCCCUCACCCUGCAGGCGCAUCUCAUGGACCUCAGAGCUGACCCUGGCGGAUAUGUCGAGGGAGUAGUCAUUGAAGCUCAAGUCGACCCGAGACUCGGGAAGCAAGCAACAGUUUUGGUGCAGAGAGGAACACUGCGCAAAGGUUGCGUGCUGGUCGCGGGCGCGGCCUGGGCUAAGGUGCGCAUGUUGCAGUGCGGGGCGGGGUCAGUGGUGCAGGAGGCGGGGCCGGCGCGCCCGGUCAGCGUGCUGGGCUGGCGCGACCUGCCUGCUGCUGGAGACGCUGUGCUCGAAGUCAGCUCUGAGAAGCGUGCCAACGAGGUGAUGAGAUGGCGUCACAGCCAGCGCAUGAAGGAGAAGCAGGAAGAGGACCUGGAGGUGAUCAGCGCGAAGGAGGCCGAGCACCGCGCGCAGUACAGAGCUCGGCUGGCUCACAAGCGCGCCCUGGGCCGGCUCAGACUGAAGCCUGAGGGGCCCAGGCAGAAACAGAUACAGGAGGACACGCAUCCCACACUCAGUGUUGUUGUUAAAGGUGAUGUGGACGGUUCAGUGGAAGCGAUCCUAGACAUCCUGGAGACGUAUGAUGAUCACGAGCGCGUGCGUCUGGACCUCGUGCACUACGGCGUGGGACAUGUCACACCCAAUGACAUUGAGAUAGCGCGUGCAUUCAAUGCGGUGAUAUACGCGUUCAACGUGGAGUGUCCGGUCGCCGUGUCGGCGGAGGCGCGCCGCUGCGCCGUCUCCGUCUCCUCGCACAACGUCAUCUACCGCCUCGUCGACGACAUCAAGCACCAGAUCAGCGCCAGGAUACCCAAGCGACAGGAGGAGGAGUUCAUCGGCGAGGCGAGCGUGCUGCAGCAAUUCGUGGUGUCGGAGGGGAAGCGGCGCGUGCAGGUGGCGGGCUGCCGCUGUGUGCGCGGAGCACUCGCACGACACGCGCUCUAUCGUGUCACACGUAACGGACAAGUUGUAUAUGAAGGUAAAUUAGCUUCGAUGAAGCACCUCAAAGAUGAAGUGACCACAAUAAAGCGAGACAUGGAGUGCGGACUGCGCUUCGAGACAGAGUUCGAGGUGCAGGCAGGAGACACCAUCACCUGCUACAAGAUGGUCGACGUCGACGACCACACAGACUGGGAUCCAGGCUUUUAAUAUCAAGAUAUUAACAUAAUAAAUUAU